UCGAAAAAAUCAUAUUAGAAGAAGACGCAACAGACGCGGUAAAAUGUCUUCGAUUGUGGCGCCGAUCAUAAAUCUAGCCGAUGAUCUUGAGGAUGGUGAGAUCGAUGAUGAUGACGAAGAGGAAGAGCCACAGAAAUUGCCAAGAGAGCAAUCACAGCAACAACAACUACAACAACAUCAACAGCAACAACAAAAUAAACUAAACUCAUCGAAUGAUGAUGUUCAAUUUGUGGGAACUGAGAAAUUGCUACCAAACAGCCAUCAUGAUGAUGAUGUUGUAUUCCUUGGUCUGGCCAAUGAAUCAUCCUCCGCUCUCGCCCCCAAAUCCAAGAAACCACGCCCACUAGAAGAUGAUCAUGCAGUAAGCAUUGAGAAUGCCAUUGCCAAGGUGCUCAAACGAAGCGGCAUUGAGCCGCCCAUGCCACGAAUCCACAAUAACAACAACAGCAACAAUAGCAGUAACAACAACAACAGCAAUGUGGGCAACACCAACAUCAAUAUGAACAACAACAACAGCGAUGCCGAUGGCUCCAUUUUGGCUGGCGAUGUUGCAGCUUCAUCUUCGUCUUCGGCAGCUGCAGCUGCAGCAGUGGGCAGCGAUGCAACUCAACAGCAGGCGACACUGAGUCGGAGCAGCCGGCGACGCAAGCGCAAAAAGGAACGCGAACGCGAGCAGAAGAAAGACAAAGAGUAUCAGAAACGCGCCCGUCGCGACUCAAUGGACGAAGCCGGCGGCGCCGCCGCCAGUGACGAAAUGGACAUGGACGAGUACGAGAUGAUGAACGUGCGUGGCGGCAGUCCGCCGCCAGGUGGCGCACCCAGCGCCACACUAAAUGCACCCGGUGGCAGUCGCUACAACAACAACGAUUGGCCCGAAAUGGGCGAAGCGGGCGCUGGUUACGAUUCACCGCCGGACAACUACAGCAGCUACGAUUCCUAUUCGGACGAUGAGCCGGGCAAUGCGGGGUGGGCGGGGGGACGACGUCGCCAGCGCAGGGAACGGGACAAGGAGCAACGCGGUGGGAGGAAGCGACGUGAACGCGAUCGAGAACGCGAUCGCGGAGGCGGGAAUAAGCGUAAUCGUCGGGAUUCGGGUGGGGAUGAGAAGCCGCGGGAACCGCGCAAACUGGAGCUAUGCAAAUUCUAUCUGAAGGAUUGCUGUGCGAAGCGGGACAAAUGCAGUUACAUGCACAAGGAGUUCCCAUGUAAAUAUUACUACCUGGGCAUGGAUUGCUAUGCCGGCGACGAUUGUCUCUUCCAUCACGGCGAACCGUUGUCCGAGCAGCUGCGCAACAUACUCCUCAAGCACAUGGAGACAGCGCCCAAGGAGAUACUCGGUGACUUUAAGCGCAUCUCACGCGAUGUUGCGCUCUCCCAAAUGACGCGACGUCACGAACAAUUGUGCGAACAAUAUCACAUGGAGAACAGUUGGAUCACCUUGGCCAGCGCGGGACUCAGUCGACUCCAGGAGCAACAGCAGGCGGCGGCAGCGGCAGCGGCCAAAGUGACCGCCAAUCAAGCGGCAGCCAUUGCAGCGGUCAGCGCCAAUUUGCAACAAGUUGUGGCCGCUGCCAAUGCGGCUGCAGCGGCAGCAGCAGGAGCCAACUCAGCUGCCUCGGUUGCUGCCGCAGCUGGCGGUGGCAAUGCGAUACCAUCGCUGCUCGAUAUGGUCAUCAAUCCGCCAACGAAUCUGCAUCAUGGUGGAGGAGGCGGCGUCGGUGGCGAUUCGAAGCCGGAGAAGAAACGCAAAUCGCGUUGGGCUGAAAAGUCAGCGGCCAAAGCGGCAGCAUCCACAACACCAACAGCAACAGUUGGAGUUGGAGCUGGAGCUUCCUCAUCGACAGGAUCUGGCACUGUCAUCACUUCCACUGCCAGCACAACAACACCGAAAGCCUUGCCUGCCCAUCUCGAUCUCGUCAAUCUGACGCAGGUGCUGAGCGCUGAGCACAUGGCCAAGCUGAAUAAGCUGGGCAUCAGCAAUCUGGAGCAGAUGCUCCAGGUCCCCUUCGGCCAGCUAACUGAGGCGGGACUCACGCUGCCCGAAAUUGGCGAGAUUCAGCGCAAGGCCGAGGAGGCGAAGCCCCAGGAAGCGGGAAGCACCACAGCGGCCGAUAAAAGCACUUCCAAAGCGGAUCAGGAUGUGAACACGUUGGCCAGCUCGUCGAAUAGCAACAGCAACAGCAACAACGGCUUCAUCAUGGUCGACUACACACAGUAUCUGAAGGAUGCCCAUGUCAGCUUCCCCGGCAACGAUCCGCUGGACGAUGAUCGGGAGGAAGAUGAAGAGCAGUUGGUCAUCGAUGAUGGCACUGAGGAGACGGACGAAUCCGAAUCGGAGCCCAAGUCGAAGAAAAGCAAAAGCGCUGGCGACGAGGAUGAAGAGAAGAAGGAUGUGGAGAAAGAGGAGGAGAUGCCGCCAAUGCCAUCGGUGUUCGAUCUGCCGACAUUCAUGAGCAACAUGCUCGGCCAGCAAUCGACCAACCAAUCGAUCAACUCGCCCACAGAGCCAAGCCAAACCGAGACAACAACAUCAACAACAGAGGACAACAAGAAGGAGGAACGCGCCGCAUUCUAUCGCGACAUCAUACGCAAUCCCUUCAAGACGCACAGCGGCGAUGCGGCCGACGACGGCUCCGCCGAUGGCGAUGGCGACAACUACAAUUUCAAAUACACCGAUGCGAGCACCGCUUCCAAUUCGAAUUCGCGUUCGUUGACCCCGACGCCAACUCCCGAGCCGGGUUCGCAAUCCCCCAAAGAGGAUAAAUUGCAACUGAUUAGCUUGGAGGCUGGACCAAGUGCUGGCCUAGGCUUGGGCUCGACAUCGAUAUACUCGCGUCUUUCCAUGUACGACUACGAUCCCGCAAAGGCGGCGCUCGAAGAUGCGGCACGCGUCUCGGACGCGCAACGUGAACGCGAUCGAGACAUCGAUAUGCGUUUGCCAUUCGAACCGAUGAAGCAUUAUUUGCCAGCGACCGAAAUCGAUGCGGCGAUCUUCUCCCACAUCCCCAUACGCUGGCAUAUGCAAGAGGUGCUCGUGGAGCCGCCCAACUACAGCCAAUUGCGUCAGCAUGCCAGCCACAAGGAGCAGCGAGAGCUGCGUGAUCCCCGACUGCGUCGCAUCCUCGGCAUGCCGGAGCUAACCACCGAUGAGAGCACUGGCUCGGGUCUAGGCAGCAGUCACAGUGGCAGCGCAACGCUCUCUGGGUCGGCUGGUGGCGAUGCCCGGCGACGGGAGCGCAAGACGAGCAACUGCAUCUCGUCACCGGAUGCACACGAAUCAACGCCCAGUUCACCGCCUCCGUCCAUGCAACUGCCGGCUAUGAAUGUGCCGCCGCCGUCGUCGUCGUUGUCGUUGUCGUCGAGUGGCGAUGGAGGAGGAGGAGGUGCUUCGGCAUCAGGAGCUGCAACCACACGCAGCGAUCCGCGUCGGGAUCCACGACGUGCGCAUUUAAAUGCCGCCAGCUCCACGACAAGCGCGGGCUUUGGAGCGGCGUCCACCGCUUCGGGUGCUGCUGCAGUCGACAGCAGUCGGCAAAUACUCGAGAUACGCAAUCUGCUGCAGAGCUCCAAUUGGUACAAGCAGCUGGGCAGCAACAACAAGAUCAUGGUGAAUCAACAGCUGGCGCUCGUGUUCACCGAACUGAAGAAGUUCCAUCAGCAGGAGUCGAGCACGAAGAUCUUCGACGUCAACUUCAUCGUGAACAAUCAGACGCUGCAGCAAAUCUUCGCCAAGCUCCACAUCUACAUCGAUGACAAUGGGCUGGUGGUGCAACUGCCCGAGGAGCCGCCACAGAAUGUGGCAACUGCCGCGGUCCCAGUGGUUCCCAUCUUGCCGAACAUGUCGCAACCGCCACCGAAUUUGGCGCAACUGUUGCGUCAACCGCCGCCGCAAGUGGCACGCGGCAUGGUUGCUGGUGGCAUGCCACCGUUCAAUCAACCGCCACCUGGGCCACGCAACAACAACAACAAUAAUAACAACAACAACAAUGGUGGCAACCCGAACAACAGCAAUAACAACAGCAUACUCGGAAUGCCGCCGAAUGUGAAUGUGAAUGUGCCGAAUGUGAAUGUUAUGGGCGGUGUGAUGAGCAACAAUCCAUUCAAUCCUUUCGCCGGCGGUGGCAACAACAUGAAUAACAUGAACAACAUGAACAUGAACAAUAUGAACAACAUGAACAGCAUGGGCAUGAAUAGCAUGAACAGCAUGAAUAACAGGAAUAUGGGCAUGAAUAAUAUGCCACCCAAUAUGGGCGGCAUGAAUAGCAUGAAUAUGAACAACAUGGCCAUGAAUAACAUGGGAAUGCCGCCGUUUAACAAUGGCGCCAAUGUGCCAUUCAAAAACUUUGGCGGCCCUGGUAACAAUAAUAACAAUGGCGGCGGUGGCAACAAUCAGGGCCGUCAGCACUUUGCCGGCAACAAUCGAAAUCGCGGCAAUGGUAAUCGAAAUCGAAACAACUAAAAUAAUGCUCACUCCCCCCUCCCAACUCACACACACCCACACACAUUACACAAACUUAAUGAACUACACUAAGAGAUGAAACGAACCCGUGUUAAACUUAGUUUUUUUUUUAAAAAUAGCUUUAACGGUUUUUUGCUAUUUCGAUCUACUUAAAAAAAAAUCGGAUUUGGACUGCUAUGUAAUUUGUAUAUUAUCCUAAUCUAUAAAUUUAAUUGUUUUUUUUUUAUAUGUGUAUAUACACAUACAUGUAUGAUUAUCUAUAGAUUAUAUAUAUAAUAUAUAUACAGACAUAAUUUUAUUAUUUUUUUUUAUUAUAAUGGAUAAGUGAACUAUAAACUCGGAUAUCGUCGCGCCUACGUACUGAUUAACGAAAAACAAAAAGAAGAAAUAUGUAGUCGUAGUCGAAACUCAAUUUGUAUUUCACACUAUGUGUAAGCUCUUAGCUAAGCAAACAUUUGUAGACCUACGAAAUAAAAGGAUUGUGUUAAGUA